CCUAUCUUGGUAGUUGUAGUUCCCGUAGUCAGACUGUUUCCUUGUAGCCUUCAUGAGGCGGAUUCUGCUCAGCAGAGGGAAGUAGAUAUGAAAAUAGGGGCCAGGAUUGUGUGAAUUUCUGGAAAUAUGUCCAAGAAAAGGGGCAGAAAGCGUAGCAGCGGCGAGCUGAGUGAGAGUUCAGGUUUGUCUCUGUCGUCGACCCCAGACGCUAACAACCUGCUGGGCCUGCGGAUUGAGCACAAUUGGAGGGAGAAGGGCAACCUGACCAAGUGGAAAGGCACAGUGCUGGAGCGCCUCACCGUCAACACCUCCCUGUACAUGGUCAAAUACGACGGCUUCGACUGCGUCUAUGGCAUCGAGCUGUUCAAAGACGAGCGGGUGUCCAACCUGCAGGUUUUAACAGAGAAAGUCGUAAACAACAAGAUCAAGGUGCCCCACGAUGCGCCAGAGCUGGUGGGCAAGGCUGUGGAGCACCUGUUUGAGAAGGAGGACGGUGAGAAGAAUGAGUGGCGGGGCAUGGUGCUCUCUCGCGCCCCCGUCAUGACCAACUGGUACUACAUCACCUAUGAGAAGGACCCUGUGCUCUACAUGUACCAGCUGUGGGACGACUAUAAGGACGGAGACCUCCGCAUCCUGCCUGAAGCUGAGAACAAACACCUGCUGCCUGCGGACAGGAAGCCAGGCGAGAGACGAGAGCCUUGUGGGUAAGCAGGGGAGUACGUCACUGAUAAGGCGUGAAGAGGACUGGCUGGUUAUCUACCAGGUUCCCGCCAAACCUCGCUACUACAUCAAAUACGACGACGACUUCCACAUCCAGGUUUAUGACCUGGUCAAAACCACCUAGAAUAUCAACUUGACCUGGUCAAAACCACCUAAAUACAA